AUGUUUUCAUAUAGCGAUUCCAUCUUUGAAACAACCAACAAUAGUCCAGUAAAAGACUCAGGAUUUACAGAAUUGACAUCCACAACCUCUUCAACUACUACUACUAUUAGCCAUAGCAACCAAAACGGUAUCCAUAAUCCGUUAUAUGCUUAUAGUGACAUGUUAUACUCCAUGGAACAUCACAAUAUGAGCACUACAUCCUUGGGUACAUAUCAUCAGCCAUCAAUCACAUCUCAGCAACAGCAGCACCAAAUCUGGCAUGAACAUCAACAGCAGCAGCAACAGCAGCAGCAACAGCAACAGCAACACCAGCAGCAGCAACAACACCAGCAGCGGCAACAGCAACAUCAGCAACAUCAGCAACAUCAGCAACAUCAGCAACAUCAGCAACAGCAACAACAGCAACAACAACAGCAGCAACAACAGCAACAACAACAUCAGCAGCAGCAGCAUCAACAUACAAGCGCUUAUUAUACUGCCGAUGUAUCGCAGCAGCAACAUCAAGAUCAACCGUCUUAUGAACAUUACAAUAGUUCUCCAUUUUCAUCUCCUCUUAUCAACACAAGCAAUACAAUGAUGAUGGGUACUACAUCCCAACGCUCGUCUUUGCAAUCUUUACCAUCUAUUCAUCCUAUACCUUCUACAUCUACAUCUGUACAGCAACAUCAGCAACAUCAACAGCAAUUGCAAUUACAACAUCAGCAACAGCAACAGCAACAACAGCAAACGAAUCAAAGACCUCGGAUUACUACUUCUUUAUGGGAUGAUGAAGAAACUGUUUGUUAUCAAGUUGAUGUGCGAGGCAUUUGUGUUGCACGACGCCAAGACAACGACAUGGUCAAUGGCACAAAGCUCCUUAAUGUUACUGGUAUGUCUCGAGGUAAAAGGGAUGGUAUACUCAAAAAUGAAAAGGGUCGCGUUGUUGUAAAAGUAGGAGCUAUGCAUCUCAAAGGUGUUUGGGUAACAUUUGCUCGAGCUAAAGCCUUGGCUAUUCAAUUCAAUAUCGUCGACCAACUUCACCCAUUAUUUGUCGAUGAUCCAGCAUUAUAUUUCUAUUCAAACCAGUUAGCUCACAACUACUAUAUUCCAAACCAUCCUAUCUAUCUUCAGUCGCAAGAUUCAUUCCAGCAACAGCAGCAACAGCAGCAAAACAAACGUUCCUCCUCUUCUGCAUAUUCAAUGUAUUCAAACAAUAAUAGUAAUUCAAGUCUCGAGUUCCCUGUCUUUCAUUCAUCGUCUCCUUCUCCUUCAAACUAUACUCAUCAACCACUACCUCAACCUCCACAACAGCAUCAACAUCAUCAUCCAUCUCCACAUGCUCAACAACAUCAACAAGAUUUUAAUAAUUUACCUGCCGCUCCCUCCGUGCCUUCCAUGAUACCAGUGCAACAACAACAACAUCAAAUGUCACUUUAUGGAUACACAACAUCUACCACUUCCUCUCCUACUACGACUAAUCAUCAUCAACACAUUCCAAUCCCUUCAAUUACUUCCCCUACUCCUACUGUUAACACUAUUACUACCUCUACUACUUCUACUAAUCCCGCUAUUGCAACUGUUGAUUCAAUCAUGAAUCACUAUUGA